AUGGCGCUCACAACUACGCUAAAGGUUCACUGCAUAUAUUAUUCUUCUAUUUACAAUUUAGAUUGUACUUAUUUCACCUUACCUUCUAGUGAGAAGAAAGAUGAGACUGUUUUUGGUGUUGCAUGCUACCGACAGGCGAAUUCGGCUUCAUAUGUACAACCUAAUCCUGAAAUUACCCGAAACACUGUACAGAAAAGUUUGGUUGUCCUAUCAAGAUUUCCGCUUUUUGGAUUUAUUGCCCAUCAUCUGGCAAAAAUAACUGAUUUUCUGCUCAAAAAGAAGGGUUUCACUCAAGAAAGUUUACGAAAUUCUUACGAAGAACUAAGUAUUAUCGUAGAAAGUGUGCUGAACAAUCCCAUGUCCUACCAAGAUGCGUUGUUUUAUAAUCUAAACGCAGCCAAUUUCGUCCGCGCGUAUUCUGUUUACCGGGAUUCUGGUGGGAUUGUUUCGAAUUGGAUUUUAACUUUACUCAGUCUAUAUCCAGAUAUGUUACGUGGGGGUUUGUUACAAUGUUCUGUCGUUGAUUCUUCAUGGACUUCAGAAUGUUUAUGUUGUUCAAAUACAAAUAAUAGCGACACAACUAAUUUAACAUUUGCUGCUAGUAUGAAUGAUGGGUCUCCAUUUAAUAUCACUGAACAAUUCUCUCGCAGCGUCCAAGAGACAACUGUUCAGGAUGAACAGCAAAAUAGAAAUUUACCUUCAGUCAAAAACGAACAUGCUUGGUUCACUGAUGUACAGCAUACUUCGUAUGUUAAUCCCAGUUCAGCCGGAGAUUCAUUGUCACAGAAGGAUUCAACUACCUCGAUGACAGGUUUAAAUCAGUCGUUGAUAAAUCCUCAAACCAUUAGCUUAUCGGAGAAAAUUACAAACAGUCCACUUUCUGAGUUUUCAUUAUACUCACCUUUUCCAACUGAUGAUUGGGGAUUCCCACUAUCGUUAUUCACAAAAUCAUAUUUGGCACCGAUAUAUAUCCCCCUUGGUUUAUUGGAUACCCUUUUGGAACCUGCCAGCUUUAUAUCAUCAUUCAAUUCAAGUGUAACUUCAUCUAUAGAUCAAAACAGGGCCUUCACUGAUCGAUCAGUUCGAGGUUUUGUAGCUGGCGCAACCAAUCCUUUAUUACGAUCAAAUAAACAUUUGACUGAGGUUUUCGUAUCAUCCUUAUCACCCGUUGAAGGUAUUCCUGAGGUUUAUUUUCCACAUCUAUCUGAAUUGACGUCUGCAUUUGACAUGUCUUCAGUUUCUGGGAUGGAAAGUGAUACACAGUUAAUCACCGCUGUGUCUGAAAAUACAACGAAAAGUCUUAGUUCCAGUUUUAUUGAUGGUGAGGGAAAUGUAAAAAACUUGACCCACAGGAUUCCUACAAAUGUCUCUCAACCUUUUUUGCCGCCAAAAAAGUCACAACCAGUCAUCCAAAUUAAUUCAGAGAACAGUGCUAAUAAGCAUCCAACAAACCCGCGUUCUAUGCCUGCCCCGUUAAAUCGAGCUGUUCAGUUAAGUCGUGUAGACAGAUUAUUUAUUGAUCAUUUGAUAUCAACGGUCAAUAUGUGGUUCAGUGCACAGAUAGACUAUUGUCAACGGUUUUCUCACAGAAAAGGUGAAUUAAUAACUUGUGACAGUUUGCAUGGAUCGACUUCAUCAAAUCAUUUUGAUGAGGACAUUUUACUACAGCUCUUACCAAUCCAAAGGACAUUCUUACUCAGAUUUCCAUCUCAAGCCGUUUUAGACGCUUGGAUAAGACAACAAUUCCUAAUCUACUUAAGAGCAUUAUUGUUAUCUGCACAAGGUUAUAAUUCCUGUGCAUCGGACUUUCAUCCUGCUUAUUUAACUUGUCUUCGGUCUACAAGAAGCUUUUCGCUUUGGCGUUAUCAAUUUUCUCCGGGUCAACUAUUUUCCAUUUCUGUCCCAGAACCAUUACCCCAGAAUACUGUUAUUAAAAAAGUUUUGAAUGAACCUUCUGCCGGCGAAAAUAAUGAAGAACGCAGAGUGGUAGUAUUUGAGGAUACAGAGUCUUUACAGUUACAACACUCUUGUACAACUUCACCAAAUUCUGUUGCUGCUGUUGUCUCACAACAUCCAGGCCGUAAAAUUACCGAACCGGAUGACUGGAACCAAUUCGCUGAUGGAUUUAAAAAAUUGGGGAAUAUGGCUGCUGAUCAAGGUCGUCGGUUUGUCAAUCAAAGUGUAGCUGGUCUUGUUAAACUUGGCAGUGAAUUCAACUCAACCUUUCGUGCAUCUUCAUCAUCAAAUUUUUUAUGGAAAUUUUCAGAUGCUUUUAAAUCUGUCAUAUUAAAUACUGCGUCAGUGAGUCCUCCUAUUGUUACAACUCAUAAUACUGAGACCGUAAAUGUCAAAAGAGAGUUGUAA